CACUCAAAUAGAAGUUAAAAAUGGUGAAUUCAAUAAUAUUAUUUUUUUCUCUCGCAUCAAUUCUAAAACUAUGUAUUUUUUUGGAAAACGAGCACAACCCACAUAUGUCGGGAUUUUAUACUGAUGGACUAAACCAGACUAUUGAUAAAAUUGAAAUCGUUUAUCCUGAAAAAGUCUCGAAAGACGGGUCAUUUGUUUCAUAUUAUCUUCCACAAUAUUACAACGUCGAAUCUCUAGAAAAUCGCCCUAAGAGAUCAAGAGAUAGUAUUGAACACACGGAUGGUGAUGCAAUCCAUUUCUUUGUUCCAAUUGAAGGAGAAAAACACCAACUUGAACUUUGGCCCAACUUAAACUUCUUUUCUCCAGAACUGGUAGUCGAACGAAGAGACGUACAAGAUAUAGAAAAUGUUAACAAAGCCAAGAUGAGCCAAAUAUCUCAACGGCAAUGCCACUACAGUGGGAGAAUCGUCGGCAAGCCUGCCUCGAGAGCCGCAGUAUCAACAUGCUAUGGCCUGACAGGUUAUAUUCAAUUACCUUUUGGAGAGGAAUACUUGAUUGAACCAGUGAAGGAUUUUAAACCUGCUUACAAUAAGGAGCAUCCGCAUAUUAUGUAUAAACGAUCUGGUAUAAAAGACCAUCAUGGUACUUCAAACUGCCUCACUAAAGGUUCUGCCAAAGAUGCUCUUGGAGAAAGAUUAAAGUGGGAAUCUAUGUUUGGAAGUCAAUUGAAAAGAGAUUUUUCUGCUUUGAAUAUGAAUGAUGUAAUGAGAGAGGAAACAACAAAACCCCCCGUAGCUAAUAUACAACCUAAUAUGGUUCUGAAGAAAGAGAACUUAAAAUCCUUUGGUAAUUUUAAAAGAGUCUACCAACAAAAUGAAAUUAUUGCUGAAGAAAAUAUGCAUCUAAAAAAUCAUUCACAAAAUCAUGAAUUUCCCCAACAAAAUUCUGACAAGGUAAAGAAUGAAUAUGGAAAUAAACUGAAAUCAAAACCUUUAAGGGAAGAACUUGGCAGAAUACAAAUACCUGAUGUUAAUAUAUUACCUCAAAAACUAUCAUCAAGCCAAACAAUAUCUGGUCAACACUUAUUGACCAAAACUGAUGCAGAAAGUUAUGAAAAUGCAAAAGGUCCGUAUAAGAACUACUUAAAACCGAGAAGAGUGAAAAGAGAAUUAACUGACCAAGAUCAAGACAUUGCACAAACAAGAGAUUCCAGCAAAACUAGACUCAAUCAGAUGUCAAAUGAUGAGCAGAUUCAUAACAACUGUACAGAGUUUCAAAGUUAUGAUAUAAAACAAGAAAAUUCUUUAAAACCUAUAAGAAACACAGAGGAUGAAAAGGCCAGAUUUUUAAGUCAGUCAGAACAAAAAAUUAAAAUGUCAAAUACGUGUAGUGAGCAUAAAGUACCUAGUUCAGAUGUGCAUCUUAAAAAAACUUGUAAUAAUGGCAUGAAUGAUAGAGAAAUGAAUGAUUUUAAUAACAUAAAAGUUAAGGUUGAUAGUCUAAAAAGUAAUGAUGUAGAAAAUUGUAACAGCCCUGUAAAUGGUAACAAAGUAAAUACUGAUUUAACAAACAACCAGAAAUAUCCACAUCCAAAUAUUGAAAAAAAUGCCAAAAGAGAUAUCCACCUUGAUACAAGUGAAAAAAGUUGGAAGUCUUACGAAAAGGGUGAAGCCUCUUAUGCAGCUGAAACCCCAACUCACAAUACUGAUAAGAAAACAAGAUUAGAUGGUGAAGUCACAAAUAAAAAAAGUAGUCAGUUGUAUAAGAAAACUAAACAAAACAAUGAAAACAUGUAUAACAAUAAUAGAAAGGUUAAUACUCUUGAUCCGGUUAAGGAUAUGGAUAAAACAAAGGUAAAAAAAGAUAUUGGUGGAGGCUUGUUAUAUGUUCCUCAGCAAGAAAAAAAUUAUAAUACUCAAUUUGUAGCUAACAAACCUUUAGAUAAAGAUAAACAUUCAAAUUAUAAUAAGCAUGAUGAAACUCUAAGUGAUAUAGAGAAUGAAAAUGUAUAUAAAAUUGUAGUCGAGGAUGGUAAUUUGAAAGACGAUUUAGGUUCUACAAAAGAAAACAAACAAAAUGUGGAUUUGAUUGAUGAGCCUUUUCAACCUGCAGAAAACUCAACAAAUACCCAUGCUGAUGAGAUAGUAAUUAGGAUUAAAACUCCAGAAGGAACUAUCAGUGAAGUAAAACCAAACCAAGACAUUAACAGUGGGAGAUUAAAAUACAGUGUAAUUAAUCCAACCACAAAUAAUGAACACAUUGAUUCUGUAUUGGAUCAAAAUAUUGGCAUGUUUUUAACAAAAAAUAAUUUAAAGAGAAAUAAUGUGGAGAAAAAUAAAAGAGGUACAACCGAAAUAUUUGAGACAGAUAGCCAAGGUGGGAGUUAUGUUCAAGAUACCAGAAAUGCUGAUAAGGGGAUUUCUUCACAGGAUUUUAACAUUGUCGUAGAAGAUGCUGAAAAUGGGAACAUUGUGGGUAAUUAUGCAAGCAAUAAAGCAAAACGAGAUGAUAACACGAUACAUUUAGUGAUUGAAACAGAACCUGAAGUAAAAAGCCAAGAAGUUCAUGAUUCAGAGCACCCUGCAAGUAAUUUGUUUUGCCAAGGCAGAAACUGCCUUGAAAUAAAGCCUAUAUUUUUAAAUGAUACAAAAUCAUCUUUAACAUCAUCGAACAGCACUAGUGACAACCCUAAGGAAAAAGUCAUAAAAAAAAGAGAUUCUGAAGAGGAUGGAUUUUGCGGAUCAUCUACAACAGAAGCACCUCUCAGGUGCAACGAUUUUAACCAUAAAAUAUUUACCAUAGAACUAAUGAUAACUGUUGAUUACAAAGUUGUCCAUAUGCAUGAGGAUGAUGACAUUGAAAACUUUAUUCUUACCAUCAUUAAUAUGGUAUCUAGUAAUUUUAAUGACAAAUCACUUGGAUUAAACCUAAAUGUUGUUCUGGUGAGACUCAUUCUGCUCACAACCUGUAUUAAAGAACUAGACAGCGAUAGAUUUAAUCCAGAAGAACUUUUGGAAAAUUUUUGUACGUGGCAAGUUCUAGUGAACCCUGGUCGAGAUGACCAUCCUCACCAUCAUGACUUGGCAAUAUUUGUAUCUAAAAUGGAUAAAUGUCAAGGCCAAACAAUGGGGGUAUCAUACAUGACCAGUGUCUGUAGACCAGAUAAGGCUUGCAUUGUAUGUGUUGACGAGGGCUUACUACUUGCCAACACCAUCACUCAUCUGAUAGGACACAGUCUUGGAGCAGACCACGAUGACGGCCAAAGUAGUGGAUGUGGAGAGAGCUUGCCAGACGGUACAACCUACCAUAUGGCACCUACAAUUACUGAAACUAGCUCCGCAUGGUCUGUUUGUAGCAGAGAUGCUAUUACCCAGUUUGUGCAGACCCAAGGAUCAUGGUGUCUUAUUGAUUUUCCUGUUGUUAGAACUUACAAUUUCCCUUUAAUGUUACCAGGGCAAAUAUAUUCAGCCGCUCAACAAUGUAAACUAAAUUUUCAUAUGUCAGCCGUUCCUUGCUCUGUCGGAGCAUUUUGCAAUAAACUAUAUUGUCAAAUCACAGAUAAACUGUGUGCAACAAAGGGUGAUCCACCUGCCGAUGGUACUUUCUGUGCCUCUGAUAUGUGGUGCUUCCAUAAACAGUGUGUACAUGUAGGUCGGAGACCAGGAGCGAUAAAUGGAGAGUGGGGACCCUGGACUGAAUGGAGCUUGUGUACAAGGUCUUGUGGUGGCGGGGUGUCCAGUAGCUACAGAAUCUGCAACAAUCCAAAACCCCAGAAUGGAGGACGAUAUUGUAUCGGAGAACGAAUAAGGCAUAAAAUAUGUGAAACAAAGCCAUGUCAAGGAUUUACUGAAAGUUUUAGAGAUUUACAAUGUAAACGAACAGAGGACAGACCAUUCCGAGGAAAACUUCACAAUUGGGUACAAUAUGAGAGUCUUUUCAUUAACAUCGAAUGUGCUUUAGUGUGCCAAAACAGAAAAGGAGAUGUGGUGAUGAGGUCACCUAUUGUAGCUGAUGGAACUCCUUGCAAAGCUGGAACAAAGAAUGUUUGUAUUCAAGGAAUGUGCAGGAAUGUUGGGUGUGACUACAUGAUAGACUCAACUGCUAGAGAGGACGCUUGUGGUGUGUGCCAUGGGAACGGUACUGAAUGCAGAAUUGUGGGAGGUGUUUUUGAUGAGGCAAUCUCUAAAAAGGGACUGAUUGAGUUUUUACGCAUUCCAAAAGAUUCUGGUAUGAUUUUUGUAAGGGAGAUUGCACCAUCUAGUAACACUCUAGUAGUUUCUGGAUCUAUAAACAGAGUUUUUUACUUGAAUGGUCUUGGAUCAGACGAUUCGAUGGCUGGAGAUGUAGCAUUCGGACUUAGCCACGGAGUGUAUGAAAAGAGAGGAGGUAUGGAAAGAAUCUUCAUAAGAGGACCAACAAAGGAAGACCUCAUAUUUUAUAUAUUUUUCCGCGACAUCAACAAAGGAGUGCACUAUCAAUAUGCUAUUUUGGAAUAUGAUCCCACUUACAUACCUAGGUAUUUGUGGCAAUAUUUAGACUGGGAUGCUUGUUCUGAUCCAUGCUCUGGUGGAUCUCAGAGGGCUAGAGCAAAAUGUGUGGAGGAUCGUGGUGGGGUAGUAGAUGACAAAUACUGCACUGAAAGUUCUCGGCCCCUGGAUAUAGUGCGCCCUUGCAACGACUUCCCCUGCCAGGCCAAGUGGUGGGUAAGUGUUUGGUCUGACUGUAUCUGUACUGGUGCAACCAGUGUCAUGUUCCGCAGUGUUCUGUGCAUGAGAGCCAACGAUGAGAGUGGAACUCGGGUAGAAGUUGUCAAAGAGUCCGAGUGUACUUUAGCUGAGAAACCACCAACUCAGAAACCAUGCAACUACUCUGAAGAAGACACUGAAUGUGCCAAACGAUCUGUUGUGGAUGAUUCAUUUUAUCAAUCCCGCAGAGAACUGAGAAGAUCAGUCAAUCCAAGAUUAGCAUUUUCAGCGGUUUCUCCUGUGGACUCGGAACAGUUGAACCAAGAUAAAGACAAUGAUAGAAAAAAUGUAAGUGCUGACAUUUGUGUAACUACUGAAGUACCCUCAGUUUGUCCGACCGAGGAGAUAACCUCUGAGACACCCUCUACUUGUAAAGAGACGUCUGCUCCUCAGCCCCACAAGAAAACUACUUGCUGCCGAACAACACCACACCGACAGUUUGUCGUCAAAACUACAUUUGAGACGACUACAAUCAGACCAGUAGCAGUGAAAUUAGACCAACUUAACAUCAACAAUUUUGGUCUAACUGUUGUUCCAUUAGAAUAUUCUGGCAAGAAAAAAUUACUGCCUCUAAGCGAUCCAGAAUUUAUAAAUUUGGGAAAUGUUGGCCAAUUUGGUAUUGCUGACGAGCUUAAUGCCACAGUGAUCUCUGGUCAAGAAGCCCUUGAUUUACUGGAAUUUGCGAGGAGCAAUGCGAGCGAAGAACCUAUUGUUCUUCAUGAAGACAUGCAUAACUAGAAAUAUGUUACAAAUCAAGUAUCGAUUAACCUACAGUAAUGUACAUGACUGGAUAAUAAAAUACAUUCUCACUGAGUAUUUCAUCGGUGAGAUAGGAACUGUAUAAUGAGUUAGUCUUGUUAAUUUUUGUUCCAUUCAACAAAUUGAACUUUACUUGAUAUUUAUGUUUCAGUCUUGAAAUAAUUUAAAAUUAUAAGCCAUAUAGGCAGCAGAGUUUGAACUACAAUUAAAUGUAAUUAGAAAGUUAUUGUAAGUGUUUAACAUAUUACAAACAAAUAAAUAA